AAGAAUAAGUACUGUCGGUGGAGCGGUCUUGUUGUCGUCCGUCGCAGGGGCAGUAGCGUGACUGCUGCCAGGAUGCGUAUCGAAAAAUGUUAUUUCUGCUCCGCGCCGGUGUAUCCCGGACACGGAAUGAUGUUUGUACGGAAUGAUUGUAAGACAUUCAGAUUCUGCAGAUCAAAGUGCCAUAAGAACUUCAAGAAGAAGCGCAACCCAAGAAAGACCAGAUGGACCAAAGCCUUCAGAAAGGCCUCAGGAAAGGAGUUGACAGUGGAUAAUUCUUUGGAGUUUGAGAAACGCAGAAACAUACCAGUUAAAUACAACAGGGAACUGUGGGACAAGACAGUUGAAGCAAUGAAGAGAGUUGAAGAAAUUAAACAGAAACGACAGGCAAGAUUCAUUAUGAACAGACUGAAGAAGGGCAAACAGCUGGAGAAGGAGGAGGCAAUCAACGAAGUGAAGAAGAAUAUUCACCUCAUCAAAGCACCGCAUGCAGACAAACCCAAACAGAUGGAAGACAAAAUGGUGCAACAAUUGCAACAAGAUGUGGACAUGGAUGAUGACCUAUAGUCAAACUGGGAUCUGGGAUUAAACUUGUACUAUACUCUUUGGAUUGAAACUCUUGGUUUAGUUGUCGGAGGCCAGAGCCUUGGAUCCUGUCGAUAUUUACCACACAGUGUGUGUGGUACGGACUGGAGGCUGUUCUGGAUUUGUUACUUAAUGGCUCCAGUGAUGCUAAAGAAAAGUAAUAAUCAGACUCAUCACCUCUAAAGAAUCUGCUUUUUGUACAUCUUGUUCACUUAACUUUCUGUAGUGGCCCUUUGAGAAGAUAUUCCAGGUGAUGUAGUGCAUCCCUUGUAUGUAUGUAUGUUUUGAAGUGAGCAACUAAAUAAACUCAAAGCA